AUGGCUCUGUAUGAUGAAGAUCUCCUGAAAAAUCCUUUCUAUUUGGCUCUUCAAAAGUGGCGUCCUGACUUAUGCAACAAGGUGGCCCAAACCCAUGGCAUUGUCCUGGUACCCUGCAAAGGAAGCUUGUCAAGCAGCGUUCAGUCCACUUGUCAGUUUGAGUCCUAUGUUUUGAUACCCAUGGAAGAACACUUUCAGACCUUAAAUGGAAAGGAUGUCUUUAUACAAGGAAACAGGAUUAAAUUAGGAGCUGGUUUCGCCUGUCUUCUCUCAGUGCCCAUUCUCUUUGAAGAAACUUUCUACAAUGAGAAAGAAGAAAGUUUCAGCAUACUUUGUAUAGCCCAUCCUUUGGAAAAGAGAGAGAGUUCAGAAGAGCCUUCAACAUCUUCAGAUCCCUUUACCCUGAAAACCAUUGAAGAUGUGAGGGAGUUUUUGGGACGACACACGGAGAGAUUUGACAGGAGCAUUGCUUCUUUCCAGCGAACAUUCAGGGAAUGUGAAAGAAAGAGCCUCCGUCAACACAUAGACUCGGUGAAUGCUCUCUACACCAAAUGCCUCCAACAGCUUCUGAGGGACUCUCACCUGAAAAUGCUUGCCAAGCAGGAGGCCCAGAUGAACCUGCUGAAGCAGGCAGUGGAGAUGUACGUCCAGCACGAUAUUUAUGAUCUGAUCUUUAAAUACGUGGGGACCAUGGAGGCAAGCGAGGAUGCUGCCUUCAACAAAAUCACAAGAAGUCUUCAGGAUCUUCAGCAGAAGGACAUUGGCGUGAAACCUGAGUGCAGCUUCAACAUACCUCGUGCAAAGAGAGAGCUGGCUCAGCUGAACAAGUGCACCUCCCCACAGCAGAAGUUGAUUUGUUUGCGAAAGGUGGUGCAGCUAAUAACCCAGUCUCCCAGCCAGAGAGUUAACUUGGAGACCAUCUGUGCUGAUGAUCUGCUAUCGGUCCUGUUGUAUUUGCUUGUGAAAACAGAGAUCCCUAAUUGGAUGGCAAAUUUGAGUUAUAUCAAAAACUUCAGAUUUAGCAGCUCAGCAAAAGAUGAAUUGGGAUACUGCCUGACCUCGAUUGAGGCUGCGGUCGAAUAUAUUCGGCAAGGAAGCCUCUCCGUUAAGCCGCCCUCGGAGGGAUUUGGUGACCGACUGUUCCUGAAGCAGAGAAUGAGCCUGCUGUCUCAGAUGACUUCAACUCCCAUUGAUUGUCUGUUUAAGCACAUUGCGUCCGGCAACCAGAAAGAAGUGGAGAGACUUCUGAGCCAAGAUGACCAAGAUAAAGAUGCCGUCCAAAGGAUGUGUCACCCUCUGUGUUUCUGUGAGAACUGUGAGAAACUUGUCUCUGGGAGGCUGAACGAUCCCUCCAUUGUUACUCCAUUUUCCAGAGAUGACAGGGGUUACACACCGCUCCAUGUGGCUGCCCUCUGUGGGCAGGCAUCCCUCAUCGACCUCCUGGUUUCCAGGGGCGCGGUGGUAAACGCCACGGACUAUCACGGGUCGGCCCCGCUGCAUCUCGCCUGCCAGAAGGGCUAUCAGAGCGUCACGUUGCUGUUACUGCACUACAGAGCCAGCCCCGAGGUGCGGGACAGCCACGGCAGCACGCCUCUCCACCUGGCCUGCACCUAUGGUCACGAAGACUGUGUGAAGGCUCUGGUCUACUAUGACGUGCAGUCAUGCAGACUAGAUAUUUGUAACGAGAAAGGAGACACCCCACUACACAUAGCUGCACGUUGGGGCUACCAAGGCAUCAUAGAGACAUUGCUACAAAAUGGAGCCUCCACGGAGAUCCAGAACAGACUGAAAGAAACACCCCUCAAGUGUGCACUAAACUCAAAGAUUCUGUCAAUAAUGGAAGCCUAUCAUCUGCCCUUGGAAAGGAGGAGGAAGUCUUCAGAGGUCCCGGUGCAGCUCCCUCAGCGCCCCGUGGACUCCAUCAGCCAGGCCUCCUCCACCUCCAGCUUCUCCUCCGUGUUGGUGAGCUCCAGACGGAAGGAGCCCAAGAAGGACUACAGAGAGGUAGAAAAACUUUUAAGAGCGGUUGCCGAUGGAGAUCUAGAAAUGGUGCGUUACCUUCUGGAGUGGACAGAGGAGGACCUGGAUGAAUCGGAGGAUGCUGUCAGCAUAGGCGAUGUUGAAUUUUGUCACCCCUUGUGCCAGUGCCCGAAAUGUGCUCCAGCUCAAAAGAAGCUGGCAAAGAUUCCUGCCAGUGGACUUGGUGUGAAUGUGACCAACCAGGACGGCUCCUCCCCAUUGCAUGUUGCUGCUCUGCAUGGGCGGGCGGACCUCGUCCCUCUCCUUUUGAAACAUGGUGCCAAUGUGGGUGCCAGAAACGUAAACCAAGCUGUCCCGCUCCACCUGGCCUGCCAGAAGGGCCACUUCCAGGUGGUGAGGUGUCUAUUGGAUUCUAAUGCAAAACCCAAUAAAAAGGAUGUAAGUGGAAACACACCCCUCAUUUACGCCUGUUCCAACGGCCACCAUGAAGUCGCGGCACUGCUGUUACAGCACGGGGCCUCCAUUAACCUCUCUAAUAAUAAGGGUAACACAGCACUGCACGAGGCGGUGAUAGAAAAGCAUGUCUUCGUGGUGGAGCUGCUUCUGCUUCAUGGGGCAUCAGUUCAGGUCUUGAACAAGAGACAGUGCACCGCAGUAGACUGUGCUGAACAGAAUUCAAAAAUAAUGGAAUUACUUCAGGUAGUACCGAGCUGUGUGGCCUCAGUAGACGAUGUUGGCGAAACAGACCACAAGGAGUAUGUUACUGUUAAGAUCAGGAAAAAAUGGAACUCAAAAAUGUACGAUCUACCAGAUGAACCUUUUACCAGACAGUUUUACUUUGUCCACUCAGGUGGUCAGUUUAAGGGAAGGACUUCAAGGGAGAUUAUGGCAAGAGAUAGCAGUGUCCCUAAUUUUACUGAAGACUCUUUGCAUGAGCCAGGGAGGCAAAGAGUCACAGGGAAACAGAACCACCUGCCAGACCAGAGCAGAUCUGAGAGUGCUGACAGAGGGCACGGCAAUCAGCCCGAGGGGCCUGGACCAAAACAAAGUGUUCCUGCAAACAGGCGGAUGCUGCGCAGACACACAGUCGAGGACACAGUCGUAUCCCAGAACCCAGGGACUGCCGGCCACCUAGCCACUUCCCGAGAGGCUGAUGUCAUGUCCCAGUCUUAG